CUUUCAUAUUUGAGUAUGUAAGCAGUUGAAAACUUGUCUAAUCGACUAUAUGUGCUUGUAAAUGGAUGUGUGUGUUGUGCUGAUGUUCUGGUCACUACAAGUGGGUGUGAUUAUGAUAACACACUCAGUAAACACCCGAGGACAGAAUUUCCUGAAUAGAGCGGGAGGGAGGAGAAAUGACAGUACAGACGAGCAGCAGCGACUGAACUUUUCAGUUGGGUCGCUGACUUUAUUCGUGCCAAAAAUCUUUCUUCUGUUUGCUCUUGUUUUAACAACAGCCAUUGAUUUGUCAUGCACUCCAGAGGAAAACCGAAGGACCGGUCUCCUUCAAAGUCCACCCACAGGUCGUCCUGUGUGAAGCUCUACUUGUGCUCUAACCCAGAGGACAGCGUGGUGGAGCGCAGCGCUCUGAGGGAGAGCGUGUUCCCCAGAUUUAGAGAGCACUGUCGACACAAGCUGGGACUGGACUUCAGGGUGAUAGACCCAUUUGAGUCCAGUGAUCCCAGUUGUUGGCCAGAUGAAAACACCAGACAGCAGCUGAUUGCAGAAUGCAGAGAGAGCUCCGCAGGACCUUUUUUACUGGCUCUGGUAGGACAUCAGUAUGGCUCAGCCAGUCUUCCCACCCAGGUGGAGGCAUCAGAGUACCAACUGCUGCUGCAGGAGAGCCAGCAGGCGGGCAUCAGCACCCAGGAGAUGGAGAAAGUGUACCAAAGGGACGAGAACACCAUCCCUCCCUCCUACUGCCUCAGACGUCCACACAGACACACCUGCUGUCCUCAGGCAGGGAUUAAGGAAGAAGAGGAGAUCAAGAUGAAGACUAAAGAAGAUGAGCUGAGGAAAGUGUUUCAGGCCGCUGUAAGUCUGUGUGUCCACAGCGGUCUCCUGACCCCAGAGAGAGCCCAGAGCUACGACAGAUCAGCCCUCGAUGCAGAUCUGCGAUUUGCACUGGACAGCCAUCCUGAUAAUGACAUCAUCAGACGCUGCCUGGUUUACGUCCACAAGGUCAUCAAUGCGAAAGGAGAGAGAGAGAAGAGACAGAUGAACUCGCAGCUUCAGCCACAAGAAGAGGCUGUCACCUUUGACCUUAGGGCAGCAGGCACUGAUGGACAGCUACUCUCUGAGCUUUGUGACAACUUUCUCCCUGGUCUCAUCAUUUCCACCCAUCUUCUGGUGUACACCACCACCACAGAGUGUGACCGUCGCCACGGUUACACAACAGCCAGGAGGCGGGGCUAUGCCACGUCUCUGUGCCAACAAGUGUACGCUGACCUUGUGGAGAUGACUGACACCUUAGAAACCAGCCAACACUCUCAGUUUUGUGAUGCGUUGGCUAGAGAGCAGGCAGAGCAGGAGGAGCUGUGUGACAUCCUGUCACAAUUUUAUGAUGUCAUUCGACCUGAAGAGGAGAAGGUCAGAGCCUACGUGGAGCAGAGUGAACAUCAGCACCUAUUGGUGGUGACAGGAGGACCAUGCACAGGGAAAGCAGUUCUGCUUGCACACUGCGCUCAGCAGAUAAAGUCUUGGCUGCCAGACUGUGAACCAGUGGUGAUCACUUAUUUUUGCAAUCUGUCAAUCAACCCCUCUCCAAAGCACCUGUUGUCAAGCCUGUGUUAUCAAAUUUCCCGUAGAUAUCAUCACAGUGAGCAGAAUCCCAGAGACCUUGACGGUCCUUACAGUAUCACAUCUAAUCUGGGUGCUCAUGUUGAUGACUCUAACCAAAACCUUACCAUACCAUCCUCAGGUCCUUCAGGCAUCACAAAACUGGACAUUAGUCUGUCUGAGCUCAAAGAACAUCUUUCAUCCCUCCUCUACCUCCUGCCUUCCACCAAGCAGCCUCUAGUUCUUAUCCUCGAUGGUCUUGAUCACAUCAAAAACAAUGCUGGGCCUCAGGUCAUCAGUAGCCUCCCCUCUCCCCUUCCUCCCAGUGUCAAAGUCAUUCUCACAGUCUCCUCCUCCAGGCAAACGCAAAUACUGCAAGUCAUCAACCCACACGGUCCACUGCAAAGGAGGUCAGAGGGUAGUGAGAAGGAGUCAGGAUAUGUGUGUGUUCCAUUGGGAUUGGUGGACAGGAAGCAGUAUGUUAAGAUGUUGGCGUCGCUGCUGACCAGUUCAGGGAGGAAGGUGACAUCAGGACAACAGGCGCUGGUGAACCAGGCGCUGACUUCUUGUUGUCUGACUCUCUACGCUCGACUCCUGCACCUACACACCUCGCUCUGGCACUCUGAUUCAGAUGUGACUGAGUCAUCGCUUCCUGACAGUGUCCAUUCAUCCAUUUCUGCACUGAUGGAUCACCUUGAACAGAAACAUGGCUCCUCUAUUGUGGCCCGUGCCGUCUCCUACCUCACCCUCUCCAGGACUGGACUCACUGAGGCUGAGCUUGUUGAUCUAUUGUCUAUUGAUGAUGAGGUGCUGUCUGAGUAUGUUCAGCAGGGUGAGAGCCCUUCCUCCAAUAUGAGAGUCCCGCAAAUUGACGUGGAGAGACUUCUGUUGGAUUUGAGGAGGUUUCUCGUCAGGAGAACAGUUGGAGGGUUGUGUGUUUUAUUCUGGGUGAGCAGGCAUUUCAGGCUGGUAGUGGCCAAGAAGUAUUUAGGCAGUUGUGAGGUGAGAAGGGAGAUUCAUUUGGCAAUGGUGGACUAUUUCAGUGGUCGAUGGGCUUGUGGAAAUGCUAAACCACUUCUUGUGAGCCAGAAGUCUUCACCAAACAAGGACACCAUCCAAACAAAUAUGUACACAGACAGGGAGCCAUCCAGCCAGCCAUUUGUGUUCUCCCCUUCUUCCCAAGAGGUUGGUCAAGUGAACUUGAGGAAAGUCUUAGAAUUGCCACAUCACUUGUAUGAAAGUAAAAAAUGGGAGGAGUUGGCUGGGAUAUCAAUGUCUUUGGAGUUUCAACAGGCUAUGGUUCGAACAGGACUCCUGGGAGAUCUAGUAGCCAUGUUGCAAGGUGAUGAGGGGUCAUUUCUAUCUUGUUUUUCAAGAGAAAGAGCGCUCAUAGCAAGCACACUUAAGUCUUAUGCUUGCUUAUUGGAGAGCUCACCCCUGCAGCUGCCCACAGUGAUGGAGACGAGCCUCCUCCCUUAUCUGGAGGUCUUUCCUGAACUCAAAGGUUAUGUCAGAGAGAUCAGACAGGAGAGGAGGAAUAGAGGAAGUGGAUUAGGAGCAGGGAUUUGCCCUGCUCCUUCCACUGUUCCUUCCAUUCAGUGUUUAAAGUGUGGUGCCACAACCAGGGAAGUUUCUGUUACAGAAGUAGCUGGGACAGAGUGUGGGAUUGUUGCAGAGAUCAUGGACGAUGGCACGGCAUGUUUUUGGAAAAGCUCUGGGUGUGAUGUGGUCAAACUGUCACUGCGCUGUGAGCAGAAGGAGAUGAGGUUUGUAGGAGUGAAGAGUAGUGGUCAGUUCAUGCUGCUUUCAACACAGUGCAACAAGCUUUUCCUGUGGGAUGUAACAUGCGCAGAGAUGUCUCUAAGGCUUAACGACUCUUUGAAAACAGAGUUUGAGCUAGAGUCAAACCAGCAAACACCAAAGAAAAUCGAAGGGUUUGUUGCAUGUCAGACAAAGUUAUCUGUGUGGUGGAAAAAUGAGAGUUUUGUGAGUGUGUUUGAUGUCUCCAAUGCAACCAUGACUCAUUUCCAGUGUCAGAGCUGUGUUACCUGUUUGGUUUGCUCCUCUAAUGGCUUUUACAUGUACUGUGGGCAGGAGGAAGGCACUGUGUCCAUAUUUGACACCAUCUCUGGCAGUCUCCUUAGCACCUGUUCAAACGUAACCCAUAAUGCAGUUACGCAGAUAAUCCUCUGUGAAGAAAAGUGGCAAAUAGCAUGUGUUGACAAGGCAGGAAAUGUAGCUUUAUGGGAUGUUGCCGCCAAAACACAAUCACCCAGACUUGUCAAAGAAAGCUUUUCUGGGGGUAAAUCUAACAACAUCCUCAAUACAGAUUACUCAGAUGAAAUCAACACUUUAUUGGUGUGUCAAUCUGACCGGGUUAUGCUGUGGGAUACACAUGACUGGGAGCUGUGGGACCAGUUCUUGGCUCCACAGGGGAGGGCCUUUGUUCACACUGUGUUCUCAAAUGAUAGCCACCUUUUCCUGGCUUUGUUAGAAGCCUGUCCUGUCAUCUUGGUGUGGAGGGUCAGCACAGGGGAGUGUGUUCUCUCCUUAGAAACAAACAACCAGCCUCAUACUCUCCUCAAAAUGGCCUCAGAUGUCAUUUGUGUCACUCGUGAUGGGGGGCUGACAGUGUGGGACUCUGAGAUGAUAGAGGCUGCAGGUGCGGCUCAGAAAAUGCAAUGGGGAGUGACAGAAGUAGUGGCUGAACAAACGGGGGAGUGGUUCUACACCACUGAUGGGUCAGAGGCGGUGUGGAGAUGGAGAUUAGAAGCAGCACGUCCACUUGCCACCUUGCUACAUGGUGGUCCUGUGGGAAGACUGCGCCUCUCUCCGGACAACAUCCGCCUUGUGACACUUGCAGCAGGGGAAAUUUACGUUUGGCAAACAGAAACAGGUCAGAACAUCAUGCGUAUUAGUGGCGGCAGAGCAACAGACAUCCUGAUCACCCCUAACAGUAACUUCGGGGUAAGCAUUUCUGAGCAACGGUUAUCUCGAGUUUGGAAGCUGGCACAGGGGAGUAUUGUGUGCAGCAUACACCUGUCCCUAUCCGACGCCCAGGUGUCACCUGAAAGCACUUUCCUCAUUGGCCUUUGCAGGGGAGAUCUAUUAGCUGCCAGUCUGUGGUCGGGUUCGAUCAGCAAACGUUUCUCCUGCGUGGCAAGCUCAGAGCAUGUUGUUGCUUUCCACACACUUUCAGAGCACCCAGACUUUGUGGUGGUGAUGGUCGCCUCAGGGGCAGUGUACACCUGGAAAGUGACAGAGGAGACGGUGUGCAGGCACUUUCAGUUGCCUCAUAUGUUUCACUGUCAGCCACAAAACUUCCAAAUGUCCUCUGAUGGGAGCUUCGCCCUGCUGUCUGCUGAUAAUGAAGCCCUCAACCUCUUGAACCUUUCUCAGGUCACACUGUGUUCAUUCAAGACUGAUGGUCCUGUGGUUAAAGCUUGUUUGCAUAAAUCUGGAUAUUACGCUGCCUACAUAUCUUGCCCCAGCAACCAUGAGAAAAACUGCGCCUGUUCCCUGCACACAAGGCCUGUCCUCACAGUUGUACGACUCGCAGACGGGGAAAGAAUAGGAAGUGUGCAUCUUCCUAAGAGUCCACUGAGUUUGACUGUGUGUAACCAGCAGUGUGUGUUUGUGGGCUUCGUGGACGGGUCUGUUGGUGUUUACUAUAUUUCAGAUGUCAAGAUCAAUGGAGAGGACUCGGUCAGGUGCCGAGAUCACUUGGAUGAUAAGUUGAAGCAAUGCCCCUUUGACAGAGUACCAUUCAAAUGGUUGCCUCUAGCAACACCAAAUGUCACAUGGCCUUAAGAUACUUAAAAACUGUUGUUCAACUGUAUUUGUAUAUACAAUAUAUCUUAAAAUAUAAAUAUACUACGUCUACUUUUCUGGUAAACACA